AUGUUCAUGGCAGGAAUGGCAUCCGAAGGAACCCAGUACGAUCCUCGUCAGUUCGAUUCUAAGAUGAAUGCGAUACUCGAUGAGGGAGGAGAGGAAACUUUCUACACGACUUACGACGAAGUCUGCGAUAGCUUCGAUUCUAUGGACCUGAAGUCGGAUCUUCUCAGGGGCAUUUACGCCUACGGUUUUGAGAAGCCUUCUGCGAUUCAGCAGAGAGGAAUCAUUCCGUUCUGCAAGGGUCUCGAUGUGAUCCAGCAAGCUCAAUCUGGAACCGGAAAGACGGCUACUUUUUGCUCUGGCGUUUUGCAGCAGCUUGAUAUCACGUUUGUUCAGUGCCAAGCUCUCGUCUUGGCGCCUACCAGAGAACUCGCCCAGCAGAUUGAGAAGGUUAUGAGGGCACUUGGUGACUACCUCGGUGUCAAGGUUCACGCCUGUGUCGGCGGAACAAGUGUGCGUGAGGAUCAACGCAUUCUCCAGUCUGGUGUCCAUGUCGUUGUUGGAACCCCUGGUCGUGUCUUUGACAUGUUGCGCAGGCAAUCUCUCCGCGCUGAUGCCAUCAAGAUGUUUGUUCUUGAUGAAGCUGAUGAGAUGCUCUCUCGUGGUUUCAAGGAUCAGAUAUACGACAUCUUCCAGCUUCUUCCUUCCAAGGUUCAGGUGGGUGUUUUCUCGGCAACGAUGCCACCAGAAGCCCUUGAGAUCACAAGGAAGUUCAUGAACAAACCAGUCAGGAUCCUGGUCAAGCGUGACGAGCUGACUCUUGAAGGUAUCAAGCAGUUUUACGUCAAUGUCGACAAGGAAGAGUGGAAGCUCGAGACACUCUGCGAUCUCUACGAGACGCUGGCCAUCACUCAGAGCGUCAUCUUUGUGAACACAAGGCGUAAGGUUGACUGGCUUACCGACAAAAUGAGGAGCCGUGACCACACGGUCUCAGCCACACACGGAGACAUGGACCAGAACACGAGAGACAUCAUCAUGCGCGAGUUCCGCUCUGGAUCUUCCCGUGUCCUCAUAACCACUGACCUCCUUGCUCGUGGUAUCGAUGUUCAGCAGGUCUCUCUGGUCAUCAACUUUGACCUCCCAACACAACCGGAGAACUACCUUCACCGUAUCGGAAGAAGUGGAAGGUUUGGGAGAAAGGGAGUGGCGAUCAACUUCAUGACAACGGAUGAUGAGAGAAUGUUGUCUGAUAUUCAGAAGUUUUACAAUGUGGUCGUUGAGGAGCUUCCAAGCAAUGUUGCUGAUCUUCUCUGA